AGGGGAGGCUCAACGCCGUCUGCUCUGACAACACAGCUGACACAAACAGGGUGAACAUUUGCGAAACAUCAGCAUCAUGUCAAAAGAUGUUGACAGAUCCCAGGUACUUCGAAACAUCAGGGUGCGGCAUACGCUGAAAAACGAUGGCAGUUGGAUUCACAAAUCAAAAGAUGACAAGACGGACCAUGACGGGGAAAGUAAACCUGCUGCAGCGAGACAGAAGUCAUACGUCCUGCUGACAGCCAGGAGAUUUGAAUCAGUAGAUUCUUCAUCAACGUCUCCUCCUCAUCAGACAGAGUUUCUUCCAUCCAAGAGUGCCUCAGCAAAUCCAGCACAUGGUAAAAUUAAUAAUGCCCAAGAAGAGCCUCAGCCCAAGAAAUCAACAGUGGAAACCUGUGCUGACACAAAGCCCCAAACAUCUACUGAUCAACUCAAUCAAAAUCCUGAGACACAACCUGAAAAAUCAAUUCCUGACACAAAUCCAGAAAUCAAGAAGGAAAAAAAUAUUGCACCAGUAGAUGAGUCGAAUGUGGAACACAGCAAGAAGGGUGUGGAGAUCUCAGCAGAUAUUGAUGUUGAAGAAAAUGUCCAACCAGCUGUUUCAGCAACUAAAAAUUCAGAGGCAGUUUCUUCUGUGGAACCAGCUGAGCAGCGAACUACUGCUGAAAGUGCUGCAGACAAAAAGGAACAUGUACAUACACCAACUGACAUAUCAGACAUAGAUAGCCGUAAGAAGGUCUCCACUAAUACUAAUGGGGAAAAUAGUGUUACAGUGGUCUCUGAUGUGGAUGGCACAGCUGAGAGAAAUUACAAUGUAAAAGUCCCUGUUGCACCUGUAGUUGAGCUAAAACCUCAGAACAAAUCUUUACUCAAAAUAGAACCAACAAAUUCAACAAAUCUGAAGGAUACAGGGAAGGUUAUAUGUGGACAACCUACAGCGAAAAGUUUAGAAAAAUGCCCGUCACAGCAGGCAGAAAAAGAUAUAGCAACAGUAAAAGAUGUAGCACCAGGAAAAGUGGCACCAGGAGAAGCUGUAGCAACAGUAAAAGAUGUGGCACCAGGAAAAGUGGCACCAGGAGAAGCUGUAGCAACAGUAAAAGAUGUGGCACCAGUAAAAGAUGUGGCAUCAGUCAAAGAUGUAGCACCAGUAAAAGAUGUGGCACCAGGAAAAGUGGCACCAGGAGAAGCUGUAGCAACAGUAAAAGAUGUGGCACCAGUAAAAGAUGUGGCACCAGGAAAAGUGGCACCAGGAGAAGUUGUAGCAGCAGUAAAAGAUGUGGCAAAAGUAAAUGAUGUAGCACCAGUAAAAGACGUGGCACCAGGAAAAGUGGCACCAGGAGAAGCUGUAGCAGCAGUAAAAGAUGUGGCACCAGUAAAAGUGGCACCAGGAGAAGUUGUAGCAACAGUAAAAGAUGUAGCACCAGUAAAAGACGUGGCACCAGGAAAAGUGGCACCAGGAGACGCUGUAGCAACAGUAAAAGAUGUGGCACCAGUAAAAGAUGUGGCACUAGGUAAAGUGGCACUGGGAGAAGUUGUAGCAACAGUAAAAGAUGUGGCACCAGGAAAAGUGGCACCAGGAGAAGCUGUAGCAACAGUAAAAGAUGUGGCACCAGUAAAAGAUGUAGCACCAGUAAAAUAUGUGGCACAAGUAAAAGAUGUGGCACCAGGAGAAGCUGUAGCACCAGUAAAAGAUGUGGCACCAGGAAAAGUGGCACCAGGAGAAGCUGUAGCAACAGUAAAAGAUGUGGCACCAGUAAAAGAUGUAGCACAAGUAAAAGAUGUGGCACCAGUAAAAGAUGUGGCACCAGGAAAAGUGGCACUGGGAGAAGCUGUAGCAACAGUAAAAGAUGUGGCACCAGUAAAAGAUGUGGCACCAGUAAAAGAUGUGGUACCAGGAAAAGAUGUAGCAACAGAAAAAAUGGCACCAGGAGAAACUGUAACAACAGUAAAAGAUGUGGCACCAGUAAAAGAUGUAGCAGCAGUAAAAGAUGUGGCACCAGUAAAAGAUGUAGCACCAGUAAAAGAUGUGGCACCAGGAAAAGUGGCACCAGGAGAAGCUGUAGCAGCAGUAAAAGAUGUGGCACCAGUAAAAGAUGUAGCAACAGUAAAAGAUGUGGCACCAGUAAAAGAUGUAGCAACAGUAAAAGAUGUGGCACCAGGAAAAGUGGCACCAGGAAAAGCUGAAGCAGCAGUAAAAGAUGUGGCACCAACAAAAGAUGUGGCACCAGUAAAAGAUGUGGCACCAGGAAACGUGGCACCAGUAAAAGAUGUAGCAACAGUAAAAGAUGUGGCACCAGGAAAAGUUGCACCAGGAAAAGCUGAAGCAGCAGUAAAAGAUGUGGCACCAACAAAAGAUGUGGCACCAGUAAAAGAUGUGGCACCAGGAAACGUGGCACCAGAAGAAGCUGUAGCAGCAGUAAAAGAUGUGGCACCAACAAAAGAUGUGGCACCAGUAAAAGAUGUGGCACCAGGAAAAGUGGCACCAGGAGAAGCUGUAGCAGCAGUAAAAGAUGUGGCACCAACAAAAGAUGUGGCACCAGUAAAAGAUGUGGCACCAGGAAAAGAUGUGGCACUAGGUAAAGUGGCACUGGGAGAAGUUGUAGCAACAGUAAAAGAUGUGGCACCAGUAAAAGAUGUGGCACCAGGAAAAGUGGCACCAGGAGAAGCUGUAGCAACAGUAAAAGAUGUGGCACCAGUAAAAGAUGUAGCACCAGUAAAAUAUGUGGCACAAGUAAAAGAUGUGGCACCAGGAGAAGCUGUAGCACCAGUAAAAGAUGUGGCACCAGGAAAAGUGGCACCAGGAGAAGCUGUAGCAACAGUAAAAGAUGUGGCACCAGUAAAAGAUGUAGCACAAGUAAAAGAUGUGGCACCAGUAAAAGAUGUGGCACCAGGAAAAGUGGCACUGGGAGAAGCUGUAGCAACAGUAAAAGAUGUGGCACCAGUAAAAGAUGUGGCACCAGUAAAAGAUGUGGUACCAGGAAAAGAUGUAGCAACAGAAAAAAUGGCACCAGGAGAAACUGUAACAACAGUAAAAGAUGUGGCACCAGUAAAAGAUGUAGCAGCAGUAAAAGAUGUGGCACCAGUAAAAGAUGUAGCACCAGUAAAAGAUGUGGCACCAGGAAAAGUGGCACCAGGAGAAGCUGUAGCAGCAGUAAAAGAUGUGGCACCAGUAAAAGAUGUAGCAACAGUAAAAGAUGUGGCACCAGUAAAAGAUGUAGCAACAGUAAAAGAUGUGGCACCAGGAAAAGUGGCACCAGGAAAAGCUGAAGCAGCAGUAAAAGAUGUGGCACCAACAAAAGAUGUGGCACCAGUAAAAGAUGUGGCACCAGGAAACGUGGCACCAGUAAAAGAUGUAGCAACAGUAAAAGAUGUGGCACCAGGAAACGUGGCACCAGUAAAAGAUGUAGCAACAGUAAAAGAUGUGGCACCAGUAAAAGAUGUAGCACCAGUAAAAGAUGUGGCACCAGGAAAAGUGGCACCAGGAGAAGCUGUAGCAGCAGUAAAAGAUGUAGCACCAGUAAAAGAUGUGGCACCAGGAAAAGUGGCACCAGGAGAAGCUGUAGCAACAGUAAAAGAUGUGGCACCAGUAAAAGAUGUAGCACAAGUAAAAGAUGUGGCACCAGUAAAAGAUGUGGCACCAGGAAAAGUGGCACUGGGAGAAGCUGUAGCAACAGUAAAAGAUGUGGCACCAGUAAAAGAUGUGGCACCAGUAAAAGAUGUGGUACCAGGAAAAGAUGUAGCAACAGAAAAAAUGGCACCAGGAGAAACUGUAACAACAGUAAAAGAUGUGGCACCAGUAAAAGAUGUAGCAGCAGUAAAAGAUGUGGCACCAGUAAAAGAUGUAGCACCAGUAAAAGAUGUGGCACCAGGAAAAGUGGCACCAGGAGAAGCUGUAGCAGCAGUAAAAGAUGUGGCACCAGUAAAAGAUGUAGCAACAGUAAAAGAUGUGGCACCAGUAAAAGAUGUAGCAACAGUAAAAGAUGUGGCACCAGGAAAAGUGGCACCAGGAAAAGCUGAAGCAGCAGUAAAAGAUGUGGCACCAACAAAAGAUGUGGCACCAGUAAAAGAUGUGGCACCAGGAAACGUGGCACCAGUAAAAGAUGUAGCAACAGUAAAAGAUGUGGCACCAGGAAAAGUUGCACCAGGAAAAGCUGAAGCAGCAGUAAAAGAUGUGGCACCAACAAAAGAUGUGGCACCAGUAAAAGAUGUGGCACCAGGAAACGUGGCACCAGAAGAAGCUGUAGCAGCAGUAAAAGAUGUGGCACCAACAAAAGAUGUGGCACCAGUAAAAGAUGUGGCACCAGGAAAAGUGGCACCAGGAGAAGCUGUAGCAGCAGUAAAAGAUGUGGCACCAACAAAAGAUGUGGCACCAGUAAAAGAUGUGGCACCAGGAAAAGAUGUGGCACUGGGAGAAGCUGUAGCAACAGUAAAAGAUGUGGCACCAGGAAAAGUGGCACCAGGAGAAGCUGUAGCAGCAGUAAAAUAUGUGGCACCAGUAAAAGAUGUGGCACCAGGAAAAGAUGUAGCAACAGAAAAAGUGGCACCAGGAGAAACUGUAACAACAGUAAAAGAUGUGGCACCAGGAAAAGCUGAAGCAGCAGUAAAAGAUGUGGCACCAGUAAAAGAUGUGGCACCAGGAAAAGUGGCACCAGGAGAAGCUGUAGCAGCAGUAAAAGAUGUGGCACCAGUAAAAGAUGUGGCACUAGGUAAAGUGGCACCAGGAGAAGCUGUAGCAGCAGUAAAAGAUGUGGCACCAACAAAAGAUGUGGCACCAGUAAAAGAUGUGGCACCAAGAAAAGUGGAACUGGAAGAAGCUGUAGCAACAGUAAAAGAUGUGGCACCAGUAAAAGAUGUGGCACCAGUAAAAGAUGUGGCACCAAGAAAAGUGGAACUGGAAGAAGCUGUAGCAACAGUAAAAGAUGUGGCACCAGGAAAAGUGGCACCAGGAGAAGCUGUAGCACCAGUAAAAGAUGUGGCACCAGUAAAAGAUGUGGCACUAGUAAAAGAUGUGGCACCAGGAAAAGUGGCACCAGUAAAAGAUGUGGCACCAGUAAAAGAUGUGGCACCAGGAAAAGUGGCACCAGGAGAAGCUGUAGCAACAGUAAAAGAUGUGGCACCAGGAAAAGAUGUGGCACUAGUAAAAGAUGUGGCACCAGGAAAAGUGGCACCAGUAAAAGAUGUGGCACCAGUAAAAGAUGUGGCACCAGGAAAAGUGGCACCAGGAGAAGCUGUAGCACCAGUAAAAGAUGUGGCACCAGUAAAAGAUGUGGCACUAGUAAAAGAUGUGGCACCAGGAAAAGUGGCACAAGUAAAAGAUGUGGCACCAGUAAAAGAUGUGGCACCAGGAAAAGGGGCACCAGGAGAAGCUGUAGCAACAGUAAAAGAUGUGGCACCAGGAAAAGAUGUGGCACUAGUAAAAGAUGUGGCACCAGGAAAAGUGGCACUGGGAGAAGCUGUAGCAACAGUAAAAGAUGUGGCACCAGUAGCACCAGUAAAAGAUGUGGCACCAGUAAAAGAUGUGGCACCAGGAAAAGUGGCACCAGGAGAAGCUGUAGCACCAGUAAAAGAUGUGGCACCAGUAAAAGAUGUGGCACUAGUAAAAGAUGUGGCACCGGGAAAAGUGGCACCAGGAGACGCUGUAGCACCUGUAAAAGAUGUGGCACCAGUAAAAGAUGUGGCACUAGGUAAAGUGGCACCAGGAGAAGCUGUAGCAACAGUAAAAGAUGUGGCACUAGUAAAAGAUGUAGCACCAGGAAAAGUGGCACCAGGAGACGCUGUAGCACCAGUAAAAGAUGUGGCACCAGUAGCACCAGUAAAAGAUGUGGCACCAGUAAAAGUGGCACCAGGAGACGUUGUAGCACCAGUAAAAGAUGUGGUACCAGUAAAAGUGGCACCAGGAGACGUUGUAGCAACAGUAAAAGAUGUGGUACCAGGAAAAGUGGCACCAGGAGACGCUGUAGUACCAGUAAAAGAUGUGGCACCAGUAAAAGAUGUGGCACCAGGAAAAGUGGCACUGGGAGAAGCUGUAGCAACAGUAAAAGAUGUGGCAAAAGUAAAUGAUGUGGCACCAGUAAAAGAUGUGGCACCAGUAAAAGAUGUGGCACCAGGAAAAGUGGCACUGGGAGAAGCUAUAGCAACUGCUCCACUUCACAAUGUGCAACCAGACCCUGAUAUUAUAUCUGAAACACCUGUUGCUAAACCUGCCAUCCAGUCCGUAGAGUGUGAAUUGGAGCUUGCUGCCUCAGCAAAGCCAGUUUUAAAGAGCAAUGCAGAGGAGGUAGUUAAGUGUGAACUUCAGUGUGUUGAGAAUGCUAUUAUUGGACAAAGUGUUGAGCCAACACCUGAGGGUGAGAUAGACCACACACUGGAGCUAAACAUCGAAGAUGCUGUUAAAUCUGUGCCUGAUUCAGAUGCUCAAUCUGUUAAGGUUAACUUAGCUGAGAGAGCCAUUAAUCUGACUGAUGCAUUAGAUGUUGAGGCACCCACAGCUGAAGCAGUUCCUGAGCCGGUGGCACAUUCAGAACAGUCCCUCCCAGAGGAAUCUGGACUGAAGCAACAGUGUGAUGAGACCAACAGUUCUGAAGUGUUUCAAAAGCCUGCACAGGAGCAACGUUCUACUGAAACUGAUAUCCCUGUCAAAGGCAAAGCAGUGUGUGCUUACUGUAAUCAAACCCUUGAUGGAAAUGUCAAGAUAACACUAAGUGACCCUCCAUUGACCUGCCAUCCAGAGUGCCUUAAGUGUGACAUUUGUUCUAAGGCGCUGGGAGAUUUACUGACCUCUAUGUUCCUGCAUGACAAAGUGAUCCAAUGUGGUGACUGCUUUUCUAAGACUCUCUGAAUAUCUGAAGCCUAUGUGGGACAAAUAUGUCAUCAGGGAGCAUUCAAUGCAUACUAUGAAUAAUGAGCUGUGUGGACUGAAAACUUUGCCACUGUAGCUCAAACUCUGUGUUCUGUUUUUCUUAAUUAUUUUUUCUCAGUCAGGGAUGACAUAUGGUACUAUCAUGUUUAAGAAUUGUGUAAUUAAAACAUUCGGCAGCAGUAAUUACCACAUGUGCUUAAAUCCAACACCUCACAAUCAGCAUAUAUGGCUUUAAUACAACAUACUGUGAAUGACUUAAAUAAAAAUGACAAUUGAAUGCCUAAGAUUUAAGUGGUUUAAUAAGCCUUAAUUACAAGCAAGCACACACAAGACUAAUUAGUUGGAGAUCGGUUACCAACCCUUUUGUAACAUAUUCUAAGUAAUAA